GCAAAACAUAAACAAAUAGAAUAGAAGCAUAGAAGAUACAACACAUCAUCAGUUUCUAUUUUGUACAACACUUUUUUGAGUUUACCGAUAGAUUAAGGUAAAUUGAGUCACGAAAAGCAUGAUUCACAGUUUGUUCAUAGUCAACUCGAGUGGCGAUGUCUUUUUAGAGAAACACUGGCGGAGUGUUGUAUCCCGAACGUGUGUUUCCUACUUUUUGGACGUUCAGCGUGAAACGCCGAAUGACGUCCCGCCGGUAAUAUCAACACCGCAUCACUAUCUGGUUUCUAUCCAACGCGGAGGAAUUUCGCUGGUAGCCGCUUGCAAACAAGAAUGCCCUCCACUGUUUGUGAUCGAGUUCCUCCAUCGGGUUGUGGACACUUUCGAGGAUUACUUUUCAGAGUGCACCGAAAGCAUCAUCAAAGAGAACUAUGUUGUGGUGUACGAGCUGUUGGAUGAGAUGCUGGAUAACGGUUUCCCACUGGCAACCGAGAGCAAUAUACUGAAGGAGCUGAUCAAGCCGCCGAAUAUUCUGCGAACCAUUGCGAACUCCGUUACCGGAAAAUCGAAUGUGAGCGGAACGCUUCCAACCGGGCAAUUAUCAGCCAUUCCAUGGAGAAGAACGGGUGUCAAAUACACAAACAAUGAAGCAUACUUCGACGUGGUCGAAGAAGUGGAUGCCAUUAUUGAUAAAAGCGGACAGACGAUAUUUGCGGAAAUACAAGGAUAUAUUGACUGCUGCAUCAAGCUCAGCGGAAUGCCGGAUCUGACGCUCUCCUUCAUGAACCCACGUCUCUUUGACGAUGUUUCCUUCCAUCCGUGCGUUCGCUUUAAGCGUUGGGAAUCGGAGCGGAUUCUUUCCUUCAUCCCACCGGACGGUAACUUUCGGCUUAUGUCGUACCACAUAGGAUCGCAGAGUGUGGUCGCGAUUCCGAUCUACGUUCGGCAUAAUCUUUGCUUGAAGUCGGGUGAACAGGGUAGGAUGGAUAUCACGGUGGGUCCCAAGACUACCAUGGGACGGAUUGUGGAAGGCGUCAAGCUGGACAUUCGUAUGCCGAAGGCGGCUCUCACGUGUGCUCUGCUGGCUAGCCAGGGUAAGUAUUCGUUCGAUCCGGUCACGAAGACGCUCCAUUGGGACGUUGGACGGAUCGAUGUUACCAAGCUUCCGAAUAUUCGAGGAACCGUUUCCGUAGCGGCAGGAUGUACCUCGCUGGAGACUAGCAUUGAUAGAGUGCAGUUUACUAUUUCACAACUUGCCGUGUCCGGGCUGAAGGUGAAUCGGCUGGACAUGUACGGCGAAAAGUAUAAGCCCUUCAAAGGGGUCAAGUAUGUAACGAAGGCUGGUAAGUUCCAGAUCCGAAUGUAAGGCAGUCGGCACCCUCUUUGCGGCUAGAUAAUCUCAAUUAAUCAGCUUCGUCGAAUAUGUGUCUAUCGAAUAUAUCGGAAACAUUCCAUA